ACUGGUGAACAGCUGUUGCAUUAAACGUCAGUGUCAAAGUAUGCUACGCAGUUUAUUUUUUUUUUCAGUUAUUCGCUUUUAAUUUUCGUUUUAAUUCAUCAAAAUGGGUGUUCGGGGAUUAAAAACGUUUUUGGAAAACGAAAAACAAACCCGUACAGUAAAUAUUGCGUACGAAGUUCAACAAUGGAAAAGACACAAUCCCGGCCAAACGCCGAUAUUAGUUAUAGAUUUCUGUAGUCUAGCUAAUUGGGUCGCGAGAUGGGAUAAAAUCGGCAAUAUCUGUGGAGGUCAAAACCAAAAGGUAUUGCAAAAUUGGACACAUAUUUUGCACGAUCUCAAAAACACUGGUUGCUCAUUGGUAUUUUUCUGUGAUUUGAAAAUCGAAGAAAACAAAGUUGUAGAAAUACUUAUCCGACGCAAUUACGAAUUUAAUUCAAGCACAAAAAUGUAUGAUUUAAUUGACAGUGGCAUGGCAUUAAACGACGUCUCGAAAAACGCCAGUACAAUGGCACUGCAAACAUCAUUCUAUGGAUUGUGUCAGAUAUCGAAGAAAUUUGGUAAAAUGUACUACGCAAUUGAGCGUGAAUGUGAUGUGGAACUAGCAAAUUAUGCCACAAAUAACAAUGCAAUGGCAGUCAUUUCAAAUGAUACGGACUUUUUAAUAUUCGCCGGUGUGUGGAGACUGUGGUCAUCGCAAGAUAUUCGCCAAAUCAAAAACAAACCAUACAAAUCAACGCGAGUCGAAACCAUUGAAUACGAUCGAAACGCAAUCGUUAAGAUUUGUUCACUCUCACAACAUCAACUACCGCUAUUCGCAACGAUAAUGGGAAAUGACAUUACGGAAAAAAAGUACAGAAAGACAUUGGUUGAAUUACACAAAAACGUAGAUCCGACGAAAGCAUGUAAGGUCAGAAAUGUUGCCAGAAUUGUUCAAAGAAUUUAUGCAUCGAUAGAUUCAAAUACAAAUAUAGAUAUUAAACAUAUCACCAAGCACAUAUUUGGCGAUGCCAGUGACGUGGAAGAGCAAACGAUCCAACAAAGCAUCGAUUCGUAUAACAUUGACUAUACACCAAGAGUCAUUGAUGAUCCGAUUGAAAAGCAAAUGAUGAACACCAACAUGUAUAGUGAAUAUAUGCACAUGCUGGGUUCUAUCAUAGAAAUCAUCAUACCAUUUUAUGACAUGCGUGGCUGUGAUGAUAGUUCAACCCUAUCAACACUCAUGAUUGAUUGGACGAAACGAAAGAUCGGCAUUCUGCGUCAUCAACACAAAAACCAUACAUUUACGCUGUUGACAAAAAUAAACAUUCACGAAGAUUUCAGGACUUUUGCCGAAACUCCGAUUUUUCCAACAUUUAAGGUGCCUUCAUUAGAUCAGUUAUAUUUCGGCGAUGUACAAAACUACAGAGAAAUUGCAACAAAAAGAUGGCAAAUAUUCGGAUGGAUCAUGUCACUCGCGCCAAAGACAAUUUCAAUCAUAAGAAAUCUGCCAAAGAAAUUUCAACUAAUAUGCACUACUCUCUUUAUAUUAGUUACGAAUCGACUGAUUAGCAUCGAACAGGCCGAUGGCAUUCUUCAUACAGAAAUUACAGCUUCGUCAAGCAAUAUGAACACACAUUUGACAAUUGUUCUAUCGAAACACAUUCGAGCUGCUCAUCUUUACAACAUCAUGUUUGCUGAAGUUGGAACAUGCUUUUCUAUUGCCGGUCUUUUUUCAGGCAUUCAGAAUGUAACGCAAUUUGAUGGUGUUCGAUUUCAAAGAACAAUGGUAAUGGUGGAUCAGACCAAGUCGGCUGCAUUCAUUAUUCCCAAGAAACAACUUCGCAUUUAUAAAAAUAUAUAAUCAGAC